AUCGUGGUGCUUGUGCUGUGCAUGAGGGAAUAACUCUUUCAUCUUCGCUAGCUCAUUUUCUUCUUCUGUUCAUCAUCAAAAAUGGCGAGCGAAUUAGAGACGUUGCUAAAUAAGAAAGAGCAAUACUACUACGAGAAUUGCCCGGGUUGUAAAGUGGAUCUAGGCAAGUCGGGUCAAACUGGUUUGCCCAUAAAGGAGCUCCUCACUAUAUGGGUCGUCAUGCUUAGCGCAGCACUUCCAAUUUCAUCUCUCUUUCCAUUUCUUUAUUUCAUGAUAAAGGACUUUCACAUUGCAAAGAGAGAGGAAGAUAUUAGUACAUAUGCAGGUUAUGUAGGUUCUGCAUAUAUGCUUGGAAGAGCUUUGACAUCUGUCUUUUGGGGAACAGUGGCUGAUCGAUAUGGACGAAGACCAGUUAUAAUUUUCGGCACUUUUGUAGUGGUUGUUUUCAGUACUCUCUUUGGUCUUAGUGUCAACUUUUGGAUGGCAGUCAUUACACGAUUUCUUCUCGGUUUCUUAAAUGGUUUGAUUGGACCAGUAAGGGCAUAUGCUUCGGAAAUUUUUCGUGAAGAAUAUCAAGCACUGGGAAUGUCAACGAUUAGUAGUGCAUGGGGCAUUGGAUUGAUUAUUGGCCCAGCUUUAGGAGGCUUCCUUGCUCAGCCUGCAGAGAAAUAUCCAGCUGCAUUCUCAAAGGAUUCUAUAUUUGGGAGAUUUCCCUACUUCUUGCCUUGCUUAUGCAUAUCAAUAUUUUCCUUGGUCGUGGGUAUUGCUACAUUUUGGCUGCCGGAAACAUUACACAAUCAUGAAUCAAGAAUGCCGCCUCAAAGUUCAUACAAGGCUCUAGAGGCUGCAUCUGAUACAAAAGAAGGGUAUGAAUCAACCCCAAAAGAAAGCCUUUUCAAGAAUUGGCCAUUGAUGGCGGUCAUCAUCUUAUACUGUGUCUUCGCUCUUCAUGAUAUGGCUUACUCCGAGAUCUUCUCAUUAUGGGCUGUGACCCCUAGAAAGUUUGGAGGGUUAAGUUACUCAACUGUUGAUGUUGGUGAAGUACUGUCGAUCUCAGGAUGUGGCCUUCUAGUCUUUCAACUAACUCUGUAUCCAUGGGUUGAGAAGUAUGUUGGCCCUAUCAUCAUUGCUCGAGCAUCAGGAGUUUUGUCAAUUCUCUUGUUGACAAGUUACCCUUAUAUCGCUAUGCUGUCUGGGAUCACCCUCUCUGUGGCGAUAAAUUUUGCAUCCCUAAUGAAGAAUGCUUUGUCUAUCUCAAUCAUAACAGGGUUGUUAUUGUUGCAAAACAAAGCAGUGGAUCAGCGACAACGAGGGGCUGCUAAUGGACUUUCCAUGACAGCAAUGUCAUUUUUCAAAGCUCUCGGUCCAGCUGGGGGAGGAGUACUCUUUUCUUGGGCACAAAAAAGGCUUGACGCUUCCGUUCUUCCAGGUGUUCAAGUGGUAUUCUUUGUGCUGAAUGUGAUUGAGGCAAUUGGUGUAUUGCUGACAUUCAAACCAUUCCUAGUUUCAACACAACAUAAUUAGAGGAGAGCUUAUGGUCUUUUUCAUUAAUUAGUGCACCUGAGCUCUCUUUGUUAAUUACUACUAUAUAUAUAUAAGGGACAACAAAAGGGCUUUUUUAGUCCUCACAAAACUUUCCCAAAAUAUCAAACUUUUCAAUUAAUUACUUCUAGGUCCUAACCUUAUUUUUUAAAGUCAAAUUUAUAUUUUGUUCUUAUGGUCUACUUUUUUAAAAGUUGUUGAACAUUCUGUCUUAUUUACUUAUUUUCUAUCCGGUGGUACCCGCAUUGGAGCUCGCCGAAUAUAGAUUCGGGUCACAUAGGGCUCAAUCGGGGGAAGCGCUCCCUACCAAGGAUUUUUUCAUACUCAGGCUCGAACUCGAGAUCCCUGGUUAAAGGAGGAACAACCUCAUCCGCUGCACUUUAUUUUCCCUAUUGCUUUCUUCUGUUGAUCUUAUCUAUUAACCUAAAAAAUAGUCGUUUCUUCGCUAAAUAUUCUUGCUUCUUGUUGCUCUUUGUUUUCUUCGUUUUCAUUUGUUGCUUAUUAAAGAUUUUUACAUGUAAGCAUUUCUUUUACUUUAUAUUUGUACUAUGAAAUUUGAGAAUUUCUGAAAAUUCUUUUACUUUAUAUUCA